AUUCCUAAGAAAAUUUUCAACAAUAAAAACAAAAAAUCAAUAAUAAAAUUUAUAAAUAAAUAAACAUAAUUAUGUAAUAUAAUAAUAAAAAAAAGAUUCGCAAAUAAGGCAGCAUAUUAAUUAAAUCUUAUAGAUAAAAGAUACAACUUGUUUAAAAAAAAGAAAACGCAGUAAAAAAACAACAAAGAUAUAAAAAUUUUUCUUUGUAAAAAAAAAACAAAAGUUCUAAAAAGCAACAAUUUAAAAAAUAAAUUCUGCAGCAUUUUCCCAUUUCCAUUGUCAACUGUUUGAUACAACCUCAACAUGACCGAUGAGUUGGGGGAUUUACAAGAUGCCACCACAAAUUCCGCUAGUACAUCCCCUUCAAUCAACAAUGAAACAUCUACACCAGCUACCGAAGAGGGUGCUGCCAGUUUAGCCCCCACUUUGCCGCCCAUCAAUAAUAUUAACAUACAGACCAGUGACGGCUUAAGUCUUCUAUGUCAAUAUGUGGAUUUUUCGGAAAUUUCUUUCAAAGAGAAAGUUGGUCAUGGCACUUUUGGCGUAGUGUAUAAGGCGGUUUGGCGUGAUCGUUAUGUUGCCGUUAAGGAAUUUGAACCUACCUCCGAACAGAAAGCCAUCGAAACAGAAGUAAAGCAGCUGUCAAGGGUAAAUCAUCCUAAUAUAAUCGCUUUGUAUGGCAUAGCUGCCAAUCAAAUGUCGAAAUAUUUGAUUAUGGAAUAUGCCGAAGGCGGUUCAUUGCAUCAGUUUUUACAUGGCAAAGUAAAGCCGGCAUAUUCGACGGCUCAUGCUAUGAGUUGGGCACGCCAGUGUGCAGAGGGUGUUGCCUAUUUACAUGCCAUGAAACCAAAGCCGCUAAUACAUCGUGAUUUAAAACCGCUCAAUCUUUUACUCACCGAUAAAGGAAGAUAUCUAAAAAUAUGUGAUUUUGGUACAGUCGCUGACAAAUCUACACUAAUGACCAAUAAUAAAGGUUCGGCUGCCUGGAUGGCACCAGAAGUUUUUGAAGGUUCUAAAUACACCGAAAAAUGUGAUAUAUUCAGUUGGGGCAUUGUCUUGUGGGAGGUGUUGUCGCGUGAGAAACCCUUUAAGGAUGUUGACAAUACAUAUUCUAUAAUGUGGAAAAUACAUAAAGGUGAACGACCGCCUCCAAUACCCGAUUUGCCAGAGCCAAUAAGACAUCUAAUGACUUCUUGUUGGGCUGAUAAACCAGACUUACGACCCUCCAUGCAGCAUGUGGUAGAAGUAAUGAAUAUGUUAAUGCAAGCAUUUCCGGGAGCAGAUGAACCCUUAAAUUAUGAGUUCAUUAAUCAACAGAUCAUCAGUCCGAAUGACAAUGAGUCUACCGGCGAUAAUUAUAUUUCAGAUUUUAGCAAUUUUAGUACUAUUUUUAGUACAGAAUUAACACAUAGCAAUAAUAGUUCAUCUUCUAACACAUCAACACCAACAAAUUCUUCAACUUACAAUCCAUUUCAUACCACAUCCUCGUCAUCAUCUAAGGCCCCCAAUGCGUCCAUUGUAUCAUCACAACGUUGGGAUGUUAUACAUGAAGAGCCAGAUAGUGGACGUUCUACUGAACAAUAUGACAAUGGCCGCAAAUUUAAUUUGUCUACAUCGGAAGAGUCAAGACUGCGCUAUGAAACAAUACGCAAUCAAAUGCAAAAUCAUGCUGGUGUUACUAUGACUCCAUUGGAUAUAAAUGUGGAGGCAAAUGCUUGGGAUUUAAACAAUGGUAACUUGGCUAGCUUUACCGCUAAAAGUGAUGGCAAAGAAAUAAAGCCCAUUAUAAGCAACACAGAAACACUUAAUCCCAAUAUUGGCAACAAUGAAACAGCUGACACCGAUCCCGAUGAGGAUGAAGAUAAUGGACAGUCAUGGCAUGAAAUGUUGGAUCCAGAACUACAACCCGAACCACCCAUAGCAGAUAAUCAGGAAUCACAAGAAAUCUAUGCCGAUCAUAGUCGUUUAGCCAAAGAAUAUUUAAGAGUAGAAACGAAAUUAUACUUUUCACAAGAAUUAAGAACGAAAAUAUUACAACAAAUGGACCCGGAAGAGAAAAGAGAAAAGGAGGAAUUGUUGCAGAAAUUAAAAGAUAAAGAAGAGCUGCUAGAACUCUAUAAUAAUCUUAAGAGUGCACGACAAAUGACUGAGGAACCCAAUCGUAUGGAUUAUAAUAAUCAAUACAAUAAUGAGUUAGUACCCGAUGACAGUUGGGUGGUCAUCAAUAGUAAUAAUCAAAAUUCGUAGUAUAGAAUCAUUAGAUAAACAUAUUUGUUGUUUGUAUAAGUUUGUAUAAGAAUUUGUAUUAAGAGUUUCAAGAGUGAAUGAGUUCUUGUUCAAAAUUUUAGUUU